AUGCUGUGGUGCUUCAUUUUUUCGGAGCUGCUGUUGGCUGAGGUGACUGCCACCUCCCACAUCCUUCGUCGAGCACAGCAAGUGGUGGUGGAGCCGAAUGGCGAAGCGGCCCAUGCCAAUUCUUCUGCACCAGUGACACUUCACCGGGUCCAAGGCUGCGAUGACAGGCCGGCGAAAUGCCACUACCGCAAGGACAGCGAGGAGAAACGCAUCGCAGUAUAUACCUAUGUCACUGGGGCUUAUGAGGAGGUGCGUGACUUCAAUGUGCCCUGCGUUCCUCCAGGGGUGGAUGCCUUUUUUCUCAUCGAUGAGGUCACCAGGAAGCAGGCGAAACCGGAGCACCUGGCGCUCUGGAGGAGACAUGGCUGGUGGGUGAUGACCAUGCUGCCCCUGAUCCAAGGGACAGCGGAAGUGCCCCUGGCGCGGUUGGCUGCCAAGUCCCUGAAAUUUACACCACCCUCCUGGAUGCUCAAUGGCACCUGGGACUGGCUGGUGGAAUUCGAUGGCGACAUCUCCAUCGACAUGGCGGGCUUGCGGCCCAUGCUGGACGAGCAUCAGGACAAGCCGUUGCUUUUGCUGAAAUGGUACUGGCGCAACUGUGCGCCCUGGGACUGCUUUCUGCAGGAAUGUGAGGAUAUGCUCACCAAGAGGAAGGAGUACGUCUCCACCUCCUACGAGAAUGUCAUCAAGUGGCGCGAUGAACUGACCAAGUAUCACAACGACCCGCUGCAUCCCUUUGAGCCCGCGGACUAUUAUGAACUGGGCAUCAUGUUCCGCAAUGUGGCGCAUGACAAGUCGGCUCAAAUCACUUCGGCCUUCAAGCAAGUGCUGCUGGGCACCAACCCUUGGCGUUACCGGAAAGAUAGGAACAGCUCCCUGGACAGAGAGGUGGAAGCCCUGUCGAUCAGCAAGUUGUAUGAACAGCUCAAGUAUUGCGUGGUGCAGACGCGGCGAGGGCGAAACCUCCUGGCAGAUCCAGCCACCAGAUCCAAGGCGGAUGCCUCGAAAGCGGAUGACGUGCUGGAAGUGCUGGAAGCCUUGGCGCCCAUCCAGGAUCUCCAGGUUGUGAAGUGGUUUGAUGUCGAAAUCCUCCACGAUCUGCCCACUGCGCCUGAGCCAGGCUUGACUUGCAGCGACUUUGAAAAGGAUGAGCUGCGACUUGAGCGCCAAAUUUUUUUGGUUUUUCCCAGGUUUUGCCAGCAGAUUCUGGGCCAAAAAGUCCUCAUCUGCGCCAUUCGCAUGACCAGGGUGCAGCGGAAGGUCUACAAGUGGCACAAGAUGCCUUGCUCCAGGAAAAAAACUGCAUCAGUGGCCAGCUUUUGGGGCGAUCUUCACCAGGAGCAGCAGGAGACUGAGACCUUGCGAAAGAAGGUGUGGCGGAUGGCAAAUCUGGCGUUCUGCAAGAAGAGGAGGCGCUUCAAGAACUGCAAGGUGGCCAGCGACUUGAGUCGCCGUCAAGAAGUCGAGGCCCAAAGCCUUCGAGAGCGUCAGCUCCGCUGCAAUCAGAUGCGACGGGAGGAGGCUUUGCGAUCUGCUGUCGAGGCAGCCCGUGCGGAUCAAGAGGCGACCACAUGGGGAUGGUUGGUUACCACCUACUUCUGCAUGGUAAAACUCGGGCGGCAGCAGAUGAUCAGGAUCUCCUCCGCCUUUCGAAGGGAAGAUCCGUUGGUCGCCUUCUUGGCCAAGCUGGAGACCGUGCGCAAGGGCCCAUUGAGCGAGCUGGAAGGUGCGUUGGCAGAUGCUGCCGCCACACACAAGGCGGCCCUGACAGCCACCACUGCCAGUGCGGAGAAGCAGGCCUUGCUUCAGGCUGAGGCAGAAGCCUCGCGCGCCUCAGAAGCUGCCGCCAGGACCAGUCAGCUGCUUCGGAACCUGGCCAGUGAGCCCAGUGCCUCCAGUGGCUCCGAGGCCGCUCUGCGACGACAGGCGUUGGCAGGAGUCUCGGUGCUUUUCCAGAAUGCUCUCAACAGCUACUUUCAAGCACAGGUGGCGUUUCGACAGGAGAUGGAAGGGAAGGUGUCGCGGCAGCUUCGUGCGGCCUUCCCUGAGGCAGAUGAAUCAGUCGUGGAAGCAGUUGCAGCAGGCCGAUCAGCAGCUUCCACCAUCCAAGAUGCCAUGCAGCGGCAGUCAGGAACAGCCCCGCUGACCACGGCGAAUGCCUUGCAAGGCACCCGUGAGCGAUGUGAUGAGCUGGCAAGCCUGGCUCGUGCCGCACGCGAUCUCAGCCAGCUCUUUGUGGACGUGGAGUCCUUGGUGAAUUCCCAGGGGGAGAUCUUGAACGACAUCGGGAGUCAUAUUGCCUCAACGAGAGACCAGACGAAGCGCGCCCGAGAUGAACUGCUCCGUGCCAGCGCGUCGCGAUCGGCGUGUCGCUGGCGAUGGGCAGCCCUGGUCUUGGCGUUGGUCAUUCUUGCAUUGAUCAUUUUCAUUGCCUUCAGCUCGGAACACCACAAGAAGGCCUCGCAGAAUACAGCUGGUCUCUGGGCAUCCCAACUCUCAGCAACGUUGCUGCGGGCUGGACGCACAUCACAGGAUGUCGCAGGUGUCCAGGGGUGAAACGAUGCUUUUACCAUGUUAUCCAUGGAAAAAC